AUAUAGCUUGUUGGCAACAUGUUCCUGUCUGGAGUUCCCUGGACACGAGGCGGCAGGUGAUGGGAGUGCUUAUAUUAAGACGCAACGUGAAAGAAAGCUCAGAACACCGCAUGCAGUUGAGUUGCAAAAUGGUUCGUAACGUGACAGCGACCUCCCUCCUCCUGACCCUGUGCCUCAUAGCUGUAGUUGCUGGACACAGCACGUAUGGCAUUGGCGGACACAGACCUGUUGUCCACGGCAGUGGGGUGCUCGGAGGUGUCCAUGGAGGUGUCCUUGGUGGUUCUCACAGCGGUGUCCUCGGAGGUGUCCACGGAGGUAGUGUCCAUGGCGUAGGACUCGUUGGCUCUGGCAUCCACGGCGCUGGAUCCUUCAACACCGCUCAUUACCCUGGUAUUGUGCCUGGUUACAGCUUCUACGACCAGAGACCCGUGCUCGGAUACAACAGCUGCAAGUACUGGUGCAAGAGUAACUAUACCAACAAGUACUACUGCUGUCAACGACCUUACCAAGGAUAGACUCACAAAUCUUUACUUUGCUGACCUUUUAUACCAUAAUAUGAUUUAGUUAUUU